AUGGCUUCGAGACUUGGCGCUGAUCUCGUGAGCGCAGCUGAACUUGUCGCAAACCGAUGUCGCGAUGCGGUGCUCGGCGGACCGGGGCUAUCAGACACAGCGAGCAUUUGCGCGGCCUUGGACUGCGUCCAGUCGCUGCUCUUCCAAUUCGAGCCGACUAUGUUUGUCCAGCGGCUUGCAAACCAGAACCAGCUUCUAGCAUGUGUGCAAUGGCUAGGCGAGUUCCAAGUGCUAGCCUAUCUCCCAAUCGAGGCAGAGGAUGGGCUGCCUAUCAAGGAUGUGGCCGAACUGGCCGAUGUGCCUGAGGCGCAGCUGUGCCGGAUUGUUCGUCUCACAACCAUGAGCGGCUUCUUGCGCGAACCGCGAGCUGGCUUCGUUGCACAUACCGCCCUUUCCGCUAGCUUCGUUCGCCAACUGGCCCAACUGGACGCAGCCAUGUUCUUGGCCGAGACGGUGGCGCCUUGUAUGCUGCGCAUGGCGGCUAUGUCGCGACACCCUCAGAGUGAAGGAACUGCGGUUGACUGGAGCAACCAGCGAGUGCAACGGCUGUGGUCAAGCUUUGGUGGGGCCAUGGGCGCGGGGGCAGGGGCAGGGGUGGUUUUAGCGCUAGCGGAAAGCCAUCCCGCCCUGAUCUUCGUUGUGCAGACGCAGAUAAACGUCACAGCCACAGCCACCAGCCAUAACAACCUCCACCUAUGUCAGCGAGUGCACGGCACACCACACACAGUGGCCGACGCCGCCCUGUACCUCAUGCGCGUACCUGCAGCCAUCCCUGGACCCAUCCGCCCUCACAUUGAAGCCGAACUGCGCGCCCACCUACCCGUCCUCCAGGCCCAGCGAAGCGCGAUACUGAUUUUGACAUGUCCUCUGCUGCCGGAGCCAGGCGCCGUCUCACGUCAGACUGAGCUGCUCGCACGCCUGCGCGACUUGGCUUGCCUACAGCUGACUGGGAGCGGCCUGUUAACACUACAGGAGUUAGUCGAGCUUGUUGGCAGCAUCCACGAUGCCCACGGCGGCCUCGUGAUCCUCAGGCAGAUAGAUACUCCUAAUAGCGCCGUUGUCGGAUUAGUGGUCCGUUACCAGCCAUUGCUACCGCUGACUGGCUAACGUGACAUAUGACAACCUCAACUAUGUACGUAGUAACCAAAAUUGGCGACACGGUGACGUGUUGUGUAGAAGUGGCGAUUGUAACUACUUAUCCUAGAGCUAUGUUCACCGGUGUAGACCAACUACUCAUAUAUAAUUUCAAUCCAUAACGAUUGUGACCAGCCA